AUGAAGCAGCCACAGACAUGUGAGACCAUAUUAACCCCUUCUAAGUUGGGGCUGGACAAGUAUUCACACACAAUAUCCAAAAUAAAGCCAAAGAUACGUGUAAUUCACAUAGUUGCACCAGAGAUUAUAAAGACAGAUGUCGAAAAUUUUCGAGAGCUUGUACAAAGACUCACAGGUAAACCUACAACGGGACAAGGAAAAGGGAAAAGUACAAAGAAGGGCAAUGAUAAUGUUAGCGAGUCAAUGAAGAAAAUGGAUUCAUCAGGAGAUGUGCCUGUAUCACAGAGUAGCAAACACAGAAUGAAGAAGGAAAUCAGUGAAGAAAUGUUAUAUGUAGGACAUAGUUCAAAUGGGUUUAUGAGUUUUCUUGGAGAUGUGGAUUGCUUUAUAAAUAUUCAAGAGAUGAAUGAAUUUCAUCUGCCCCCGUUUAGAUCUUCUUCUCAAAUGAACUUGCUUGGAGAGAUGCAUCUUUGCUAG